CUGUAGCUGUCUGAUCUUCUGCAAAGGAGAAGAAGAAAAAGCAGCAGAAAGCGGAGGAGGAAGAAGAGGGGGAAAUUCGCGUGUCCACCGCGCGCUGUGUCCGCAGCCCUCCCGGCCUGUGGAGCAUCUGCCCCGCCGCAUCCCGCAGAGAUUUUCAUGGACACAAGAUACCACAAGAUACCUACAAGAUACCAGGACUUCUAGAGAUGGACUUGGGCAGGAGGAACCUCCAACUCAGCACACUCACACAGUGUUUUCCCCCAAAACCAGGAUUUGUCAUUCCUAAGGCUUGGCUGAAUGGAGGAGGAGGCUGCAAGGAAGAGGAAGAUGCUCCAGGACAGCCAGGCAGGCUAUGAGCUAAAGACAGAGAUCAAGGAAGAGAAAUCCCCCUGGCAGAACAUUGCGGAAGAGGCCAUUUUGAGCACCUCCACAGCGCAGGAAGCCAAUGGGGAAGAGAAGCCCCAGAGAUCCCACACCAGGAGGGACUGCAAACCCAGCCCAGGGUGCUCCAAGGAGGACAGAGACCCCCUGUGCCAGGAAGGCGGCCAGAGCUUCAGCUGGAGCUCAGAGCUGGUGAAGAAUACUCAGGUGGGGGACAAGUCCCACAAAUGCUUGGAAUGUGGGAAGAGCUUCAGCCGGAGCUUCCACCUCCUCCGCCACCAGAUGAUCCACACAGGGGAACGUCCCUAUGAAUGCCUGGAAUGUGGGAAGAGCUUCGGCCGGAGCUCCUGUCUGAUCCGCCAUCAGGUAAUUCACACAGGGGAACGGCCCUACCAGUGCAAGGAAUGUGGGAAAAGCUUCAAUGACCGCUCCAACCUCCUCACCCACCAGCGCCUGCACUCCAAGGAACGGCCCUUUGAGUGUGGGGAGUGUGGGAAGAGCUUCAGCACCAGAUCUGACCUGAUCCAGCACCAGAAGAUCCACAGUGGAGAACGGCCCUACGAGUGUUCUGAGUGUGGGAAGAGAUUUCGGACCAGCUCCCAUCUCCUCCUGCAUCAGCGGAUUCACACGGAUGAGCGGCCCUUCCGCUGCCCCGACUGCAGGAAGGGCUUCAAACGUAACUCCCAUCUCACCCUGCACCGGCGCAUCCACACCAGGGAGAGGCCCUACGAGUGUGGGGAGUGUGGGAAGAGCUUCUCCAGCAGCUCUGGCUUGACCCAGCACCAACGGUCACACCAGUAAGGGAAGCCCUGCUGUGGAGGCCCAGGAGCCCACCAUUGGAGCUGUAAUACCUCAGCCCUGGAAGGCCAAAGGUGACAAGGGUCAGAGAGAGACUCCCUCUGAAUACAGUGGUCUCACCCAUGGGCAUUUCCAGGCUCGUGUUAAUGCUACAGGCUUUAUUGAUAUCACUCAGUUUAACUGCCCUUUGUUCCUUAUAGGUACUCCCCCUAGAAUGUUCUCCCCUCUCUUGUCCCCUGUUGGUCCCGGUUUACUGUGAUGCUCUGCCCCUGUUACUUCACUGGUUCCUCAGUUGGCUGCCCCUGCUCUGCAACACUUGUGCUCAGUUCCCAUUGGCCCUUGACCCUCGGAUCUGCCUCUUUUCCCCCCCUAUAUAAAACUCUGUCCUCAGCUGUCUGUCCCUAGACCCUCUUCAUUGCAAUAAACCAGGUUUGGAGGUCCACACAAAGACCUGUCUCUAGCCUUGUUCAUCAGCAGUUUAAGCAAGCCUGCUCUGGGCUCUGGGAGUGCAGGUUGUUCACAGAGGCUCAUUGUGGAUGCCCCACAACACCCUGUGAGUGCCCUGACUGUGGGAAGAGCUUCAUCUGCUGCUCCAACUUCAUCACCCAUCACAGGACCCACACUGGAUGAUUCACAGUGACCCUCACUGGGCUGAAACCUGGUGAUCCAUGUUCCAGGUGGCCCGUAUACUGGGUUUGUGUGGCCAGGUUUUGGAAGUAGGGGGCUACAGGGGUGGCUUUUGUGAGAAGCUGCCAGAAAUUUCCCAAUGUCCAGCAAAGCCAGCUUCUGGGUGGACUCACAAUUCACCAACACCAAGCCCCCAGUGACACCGCAGGGAUAAUGGAUUCAAGAAGGAAAAAGUUCUUGUGCAGGUGGAAUUGAGUGCAGAGAAGAGCAGAGUGGGAACACGUGAAAGGAAACAGCUCUGCAGACACCCAGGGCUGUGCAGGAGGGGCAGGAGCUGCUCCAGGUGCCAGAGCUGAGAUUCUCCUGCAGCCCCUGGAGGAGCCUAUGCUGGAAGAGGGGGAUGCCCGAAAAGAAGGAUGAGCCCGUGGGAAGCCCAUGCUGGAGCAGCCUCCAUGCAGGGCCCUGUGGAUCCCUGGGCAGAGGAGCCCACACUGGAGCAGCUUUGCUGGAAGGACCUGAGGCCCUGUGGGGACCCAUGCUGGGGCAGGGUAAGGACUCCCAACUUCUGUCCCUAAACAGCAGGAGGAGGAACGAGCUGACCGUGACACCCAUUCCCAUCUCCCUGUGCUGUUGGAGGGAAGAGGGAGAGCUCAGGAAAUGAGGAAGGCUGGGGGAAGGGUUUUAAGUUUUAUUUUCCUUGUCAUUAUCCUGCUCUGAUUUGGUUGGUAAUAAAUUGAGGUCCUAUCCCCAG